GGCCUUUUCUUGUGUCCUGUUUGUUAAAGGCAUGCCGGCUACGCAUUCAAGAGUGCCAGUCGUUAACAAAGGGAAAGAGAUAAAUGUAAAUAAGCUCACAUUUUCAGAAUGAGCGGUUUGCAGUGAGGAGCUGCUACGGCAGCCCAGAGUCUGCUGCUUUGGGCUAAGCUAACCUUUCCCUUUUAAAAAAAAAAAAAAAAAAAAAAAAAAAAAGAUAAAAAUAUGCACUUCCAAAGUGCUAGUUGCCCGUUUACAUGUUUAUUAGCUAAUUGUCUACAGGCAUGAGCACACUCUCUCAUCUAGUACACUCUUUCUUGGGGAGGAAGACAUUUCCUACCAGUCCCUAGUCUCAGAGUGGUGAACCCCUGCAGCCAGCAGGCCUCCUGAAAAAAAAAUCCAUGGGUGACAGAAGAUUCAUUGACUUCCAAUUCCAAGAUCUAAAUUCAAGCCUCAGGCCCAGAUUGGGCAAUGCUACUGCCAAUAAUACCUGCAUUGUUGAUGAUUCCUUCAAGUAUAAUUUGAAUGGUGCUGUGUACAGUGUUGUAUUCAUCCUGGGUCUGAUAACUAACAGUGCCUCUCUGUUUGUCUUCUGCUUCCGUAUGAAAAUGAGAAGUGAGACUGCUAUUUUCAUCACCAAUCUGGCCCUCUCUGAUUUGCUCUUUGUCUGUACCCUACCUUUCAAAAUAUUUUACAACUUCAACCGCCACUGGCCUUUUGGUGACACCCUCUGCAAGAUUUCUGGGACUGCAUUCCUCACCAAUAUCUAUGGAAGCAUGCUCUUCCUCACCUGUAUAAGUGUGGAUCGUUUCUUAGCCAUUGUCUAUCCCUUCCGAUCCCGUACUAUUAGGACCAGGAGGAAUUCUGCCAUUGUAUGUGCUGGAGUCUGGAUCCUAGUCCUCAGUGGUGGUAUUUCAGCCUCUUUGUUCUCCACCACUAAUGUCAACAAUGCAGCCACCACCUGCUUUGAGGGCUUCUCCAAACGUGUCUGGAAGACUUAUCUUUCUAAGAUUACUAUAUUUAUUGAAAUUGUUGGAUUCAUUAUUCCUCUGAUACUGAAUGUCUCUUGCUCCUCAGUGGUGCUGAGAACCCUCCGCAAGCCUGCUACACUGUCUCAAAUUGGGACCAAUAAGAAAAAAGUGCUGAAGAUGAUCACAGUGCAUAUGGCAGUCUUUGUGGUAUGCUUUGUACCCUACAACUCUGUUCUCUUCCUGUAUGCCCUGGUGCGCUCCCAAGCCAUUACUAAUUGCUUGUUGGAAAGAUUUGCAAAGAUCAUGUACCCAGUCACCUUGUGCCUUGCAACUCUGAACUGUUGCUUUGACCCUUUCAUCUAUUACUUCACCCUUGAGUCCUUUCAGAAGUCCUUCUACAUAAAUACCCAUAUCAGGAUGGAGUCCCUGUUUAAGACUGAAAUACCACUGACCACAAAGCCUUCCCUUCCAGCCAUUCAAGAGGAAGUUAGUGAUCAAACAACAAAUAAUGGUGGUGAAUUAAUGCUAGAAUCCACCUUCUAGGUACGAGAACUGUCUCUAGGUCUACAUAUGAUUUCAUCCUAUGAUUCUGCCUAUGCUAUAAAUAAGAAGAAAGAUUUGAAACUAAUGUACUGAAUGCAGUCAGAUAUAUUUGCUUGAAUGUUUAUUGUGCAUUUGCCAUUUUGUUCAGUAAUUAUAGGUCAAAUCUAAUUACAGCAACUAAAAUGAAUUGCCAAACUCUUCUCCUGGGUUGAAAUUUCACUCUAUCACACUAUAUAAGUGGCCAAUUGAUGGCCUUGAAUUAAAACUUUUGAAAAGGUAUUUCCAUUCCAAUGAUAUUUGGUAAUUGGGUUGGGCCUAUAAAUAUAGAACAAAUUCAGGGAAUUUUUUUUUUUUUUAAAACCAACACCUUUUGUGUUACUACUGAUAUAUGCUAGUCUUUUUUUUUCUCUUUUGAAUUGUUGUCGAGUUUAAGUUAGCACAAGAACAUAUUUUAGCCUAGCAUUAUUAAUAAGAAAUGUAUAGAGUUUAAAAGAGUUGGAAAAAUUUGUAAUGUGAAUUUUGAAAACAGAGCAGAAAUUGUGUUUGCAUGUAUGGGUGGGAAGAAACAGAAAAUUAACAGGAUUUACACAUUUACAAUCACCAGCAGUGUCAGUUUAAAAACUUUCUUUUUUAAAAGUAACAUUAGGAUUUUCAUAUGAAACUUCAAAACCAGAAAGCUGCUAAAUGUGUGCCUGGCAGGUGUUAAAUGGAAAAUCACAUAAAA